CAACACUAUCAACUUCAGGAACUGGACAACACCGUCGUGGGAUCAAGAUGUCGCCCUUGCCCGAGGAAUUUGACAUCAUUGUGUGUGGUGGUGGGAGCUGCGGCUGUGUGGUGGCGGGGAGGCUCGCAAAUUUAGACCACAAUCUGAAGGUCCUGUUGAUUGAGGCGGGCGAGAAUAACCUCAACAACCCAUGGGUGUACCGCCCUGGCAUUUUCCCGAGAAAUAUGAAGCUCGACAGCCGCACUGCUACCUUUUACCAGUCCAGGCCAUCGUCAUGGCUCAGCGGUCGUGGCGCCAUUGUUCCGGCUGCCCACAUCCUCGGCGGCGGAUCCUCCAUCAACUUCAUGAUGUAUACGCGCGCGUCUGCGUCGGAUUAUGACGACUUCCAAGCCAAGGGGUGGACGACCAAGGAGCUUUUGCCCCUGAUGAAGAAGCACGAGACGUACCAGCGUGCUUCGCACAACCGGGACACCCACGGUUUUGAGGGACCAAUCAAAGUCUCCUUUGGCAACUACACGUAUCCGAUGAAGGAGGACUUCCUCCGGGCUGUCGAGUCCCAAGGCAUUCCCGUUGUUGAUGAUCUUCAAGAUCUUCACACGGGCCACGGCGGGGAGCACUGGCUGAAGUGGAUUAACCGCGAUACCGGUCGUCGCAGCGACAGCGCCCAUGCUUAUAUUCACUCGACCCGCGCUGUCCAUUCAAACUUGUACCUUGCCUGCAACACCAAGGUUGACAAGGUGAUCAUUGAGAAUGGAAGAGCUGUUGCCGUCCAGACCGUUCCGACUAAGCCAAUGGGAGAUAGCCCAGGCACCCGCAUUUUCCGUGCGAGAAAGCAAAUUGUGGUGUCGGGAGGCACGAUGUCUUCGCCCCUGAUCUUGCAGCGGUCUGGCAUUGGUGACCCCGACAAACUCCGCCGUGCCGGAGUCAAGCCCAUUGUCAACCUUCCAGGCGUCGGACUGAAUUUCCAGGACCAUUACUUGACCUUCUCUGUCUACAGGGUGAAGCCCGGCACCGAGACGUUCGACGACUUUGCCCGUGGUGACCCGGAGGUGCAGAAGCGUGUCUUUGAAGAAUGGAAUAUCAAGGGCACUGGACCCUUAGCCACCAAUGGCAUUGAAGCCGGCGUCAAGAUCCGCCCAACUGAAGCAGAACUGGGGGAGAUGGAAUCCUGGCCCACACCACACUUCAAAUCAGGCUGGGAGUCGUACUUCAAAAACAAGCCUGAUAAGCCAGUGAUGCACUAUUCAGUCAUUAGCGGAUUGUUUGGCGAUCAUAUGUUGGCGCCUCUGGGUAACUACAUGACCAUGUUUCAUUUUCUAGAAUACCCCUUCUCCCGUGGCUGGACGCACAUCUCCUCACCCGACCCUUACGCCGUGCCAGACUUUGACGCGGGCUUCAUGAACGACGAGCGGGACAUGGCGCCCAUGGUCUGGGGCUACAUCAAGUCGCGCGAGACGGCCCGCCGCAUGGACUGCUAUGCGGGCGAGCUCCAGGCAUUCCAUCCCGUGUUUGAUUAUGACUCCGAGGCGCGUGCCUAUGACCUGAAUCUGGAAGACACUAACAAGUACGCGCUGCCCGGCAACAUCACGGCCGGUAUCCAGCACGGCAGCUGGAGCGUGCCCGUUCCGGAGCCCGACGAGCCUGUCAAGCAGGGCAUCGUGACCAGCAACCGCAAGGCCAAGAGAAAGGAGCUCAAGUACAGCAAAAAAGACAUCGAGGCCGUCGAGGAAUGGGUGAAGCGCCAUGUGGAAACGACGUGGCAUUGCCUUGGUACAUGCUCUAUGGCACCUAGAGAGGGUAACAGCAUCGUCAAGCACGGUGUCGUGGAUGAGCGCUUGAACGUGCACGGCGUCAAAGGCCUCAAGGUGGCCGACCUCAGCAUCUGCCCGGACAAUGUGGGCUGCAAUACUUACAGCACGGCCUUAUUGAUUGGAGAAAAGGCCGCUGUGCUCAUCGCCGAGGAUCUCGGAUACUCCGGCGAAGCUCUCGACAUGAAGGUCCCGGAUUACCACGCGCCAGGCGAGAACCGGCUUGCUUCGAGACUGUAA